GAAGAUCUGAUGUGGCCUCAGUCUUCCCAGCACAGGUUGGUCACAAUGUCAUUGAGAUGCUGUCAGAAGAUGUUACUGAGACUCUAUGGUGGCUCUCUGUCCACCGUGAAGAGCUGUAUGUGUUUGAGACGCUACACUAGAGCAGCUCAGAGUCACAGGAGGGUGGUGAUCACCGGCAUCGGACUCGUUUCUCCCCUCGGAACAGGAAGUGCUCUGCCCUGGCAGCGUCUGAUUGGUGGAGAAAGCGGUUUGGUUGCUCUGGACCCAGAGGAGUAUAAGACAGUCCCGUGUAAGGUGGCGGCCCGCGUGCCGAGAGGAGAUGAACAUGGAGAUUUCAAUGAAGAGGCGUUUGCAUCCAAAGGAGAGAUCAACAGCAUGUCUCCAGCUACGGUUAUGGCCGUCGGUGCCGCCCAGUUGGCUCUUGAGGAUUGCGGAUGGUUUCCCAGAAGCCCUGAGGAGCAGCUCAGCACUGGUGUGGCGGUCGGGAUGGGUAUGGUGUCUCUGGAGGAAAUCGUUCGGACGGCCUCGGCCUUUCAAACACGCGGCUACAGCAAAGUCAGCCCGUUUUUUGUCCCCCGUAUCCUGGUCAACAUGGCCGCAGGACACAUAAGCAUCAAACACAAACUCAAGGGUCCCAAUCACGCCGUAUCCACCGCAUGCACCACGGGAGCUCACGCUGUCGGCGAUGCCGCCCGUUUCAUCGCUCACGGUGACGCCGAGGUGAUGCUCGCCGGUGGGACGGAGGCCUGCGUCAGUCCGCUGUCCAUCGCCGGGUUCGCUCGCGCUCGGGCCCUCAGCACCAACUGGAACCAGGAGCCCAGACUCGCCUCGCGCCCAUUUCAUCCAGAUAGAGAGGGGUUUGUGAUGGGAGAAGGGGCAGCCGUGCUCGUUUUAGAGGAAUACGGACAUGCCAAGCAGAGAGGUGCACGGGUGUACGCUGAGGUGCUGGGAUAUGGGCUCUCUGGAGACGCCAGCCACAUCACGGCUCCAACCGCAGAUGGAGACGGAGCCUUUCGGUGCAUGUCUGCUGCUCUCCGUGAUGCUGGAGUAACUCCCUCAGACGUGACGUACGUCAAUGCUCACGCCACCUCCACACCGCUAGGAGACGCAGCAGAGAACGCCGCCAUUAAGAGACUGUUUGAGCAGCAUGCGUGCUCACUGGCCGUGUCCUCCACUAAAGGUGCGACCGGUCAUCUGCUGGGAGCCGCCGGCGCGCUGGAGGCCGCCUUCACUGCCCUCGCGUGUCUCCACGGCAUCCUGCCACCGACACUCAAUCUGGACCGCACCGAGCCAGAGUUUGACCUGAACUAUGUGGCCUGCACAGCACAGACCUGGAGCUCCAGCGGACGCAGAAUCGCUCUCACCAACUCAUUUGGCUUCGGGGGAGCAAACGCUUCUCUGUGUCUCGCGAGUGUGUGAUUACAGUUGAUCAAAUCCACUGAUAUGUCAUUAUGUAAUAUUGACCUGUUAUUAUAUGAAUCAGUAACAGAGAUUCAUAACAUUGAUCCAUAAGAUGCAUCAAACAGCAGUUGUUAACAGCUCUUCACAGUUUACUCUAUACUGCAUGCAUACUGUUUUUAAUACGAUGCUGUAUUCAACAGUAAAUGUUUCGGAGAGCAGUGUUAAAUUGUCACAUGAACUCAAUGAGUUGCUUAAUUCAAUUUAUUGAAUUAAUUUUAAAUUAAAUUGAAUUGAGAAAGGUAAGCAUAUUUAAGAAAAAAUGCAUUAAUUUAAUUUAGUUAAUUAAGUUAAUGGGUGACAAUCCGUACACAGAUUCAGUAGUAAAUGAAUCUUCAUAUUUUGAUAGAAACUUGCAAGGUUAUUCUUUGCUUGUAUGCACACUGUCCAAAAUAAAAUUGUUUUUAAAAUGAUUUUUUUUUAAUAUAUAAUGUUAUAUUUUAAUACAUA